AUGGAUUUUGAUGGAUGGAUGAAUUGUUUUCAUAGUCCCAAGGAGAGGUUGGAGUGGAUUGACACGGUCAACAAUGAUAGGAAAGAUCCUAGUACUCAAUCGAAUGUGCUGACCGUCUUGGGAAAAAAAAGUGGUGGAUUUAAAGAAGCUUUUAUGAAGGAAGUUUUUGACUAUAAUCCUUCAUCUUACGACGAUGAUGUUGUUAGUCUGCUGCGAUACCUGAGGAACUUGAAUCAUCACUUCAGGGAUGUCAAAAAAUGCAAACGUCCUACAGUUGAAGAGGCUGAUCAUGCGGCACUUGACAAAAGGAAAGAGGGGGUUAAAAUUGAUGGUUUACUUGUGUUGUUGUACCAGUGCUGGCUUUUGGGAAAAUUUGACAACUUUGAGGCAGACUGCAUAGAGGAGUUACCUCCAUCAAUUGAUCGCUGA